GUGUGUGUGUCUAAGUAAAAAAAAAACAGCCUGAUUAAAUACCACAUUAACGUCUAUUACCCUAAUAUCAGGUUUUGGUAUUAUACUGAUCAUUAUGAUGCUAUCCACCACAACAAUUAUCGCUAAUCACCGUUAUUUAAAAAAAAAAACACGUUACAGUUACCAAGUCAACUAAACUAAAGAAGACUAAAUAAAUUCUUAAUAAUCUGCUGGAAAGAUGAAAAACAGCAGAAGCGCGCGUGGAGCAGCGCUCGUGUCCGUCAAACUAUGUAGAUUAAAAAAACAUUUUUCGAAGCCGCAUAAAUAACGGAUCAUUUGGGCAAUUUUAAUAAUAAUGCAUAACCAUUAAAUUCGUUUAUUAAGAUAAUUUGCCGAUUUUUUUUUUUGCGUUUCGAAGUGUUAUUGGACGUGCAAGUAGGCGGCCAUGGCCUGUUUCUAAUUUGCAAAUACAAUAGGCUACUGUUUGAGAAACUCUAUUUUAUAUGCGAUUUUUUUCUUUCACAUGCACAUAUAAAAUGUGUACGCACAACGAGUCGAAUGCCAUAAGCAAUAUUUACGAUUUUCAAUGCAUUACAUUAGCUUAUUCGUGUAUUUGAAAACAUUCUGACGCAAUGCCUAAUUAUUAACUAUUUAUUAAUUAGACGACUGAAAAGAGCGCAAACGGAUAUUUGAAAAUUUCAAUUUUAUCCCCUUUCUUAAUUGAAAUUAGACAUGGGAUCAGCGACACCGCUGAACCAACUUCGAUUCAACACUCCCUAUUUGUCAGCGCACAAUUGGGACAGCACGUCACUCUCAUAUUGGCUGAGCGUCAGCCAAUCGCCGUCGUCUUUAUCUGAGCGCGACUCGGGGUGAUUGUGACGGCAGAGGUGCGGAGCCCCGAUAGGUAGGCUCGUGUUGAUUGACAGUCGAGCUCGCGCUCGGUAGUAGAUUCAGAGCGCCGUGGCUUUGGCGCUGUCCACACGAGAGCAGGUUCUGAAACGCGCCGUGAGCUCGUGCAGUGUUCGCGCGGUAAGGACGGAGGCUCGACCACUGCUUCUCACUCACCGCCGGAGCGCUCGCGCCGGAAGACCAUCCGAUGAGAGCAGACAGACAAAUUACACCACCGCGUCAGCCGUCUGAGACUUUUUCGUGGAUUUUUUACGCACGCGCCGAGUGCUUCAAAACUUGACAAAGCCUGUUUUCUUCUUCGGGACAUUUCUUGGACAUUUUUUUCCAGUUCAGAUUCUUCGCGCUAUGGCUAUUUUUCGUUUUCUGUUUAACUUUGGCGACCGUUUCGAUUCGGGGUCCUUACCAUGCACUUUUUAAUUUCGCAUGCCCACGCUCGUACGCCUAUUGUUUGGGGAUCUUCGCGCUGUCGGAGUUACCUGCAUUUUGUAUAAAAAAAAAAACCCCAGACAGUUUGGGGGCGCGCUUUGGGCGAUUAGAAGAUCGAAAUGCAAGGAAAUCGCUUUUACCUGAAGAUACGUUGAACACGAAGUAAAUGUUUUGGCUUGUCAGAAACCUCGCCAGGAUUUUAGAGAUCCCUGGUAGAGACGCGCUCUGACAGGGCGAACCUCGGUCACAGUUCACGGGUCACGGUCAGUGGAGCGAGGAUGUCGAGAUAGAGCUUGGAAACGAGUCUUCUACGUUUUUAUCUAAAGCUCAAGACUGUUCGGACUAAUAUUAACAUUUGUACACAUCUCCAGGACUUUUUUUUUUCUUACGAGUCCUCGCUGAUGUCUGAUGUGGUUUCCCCUGGAUGUUGGGCCGCGGACGCAGUCGCGUGACCCCGCGGGGUUGUGUAGCCUGACCGCGCGCUUGCGUUUCUGUUGACGAACCAGUGAUGAAUCAGAAAAAGCGUUAUUUAUGAACGAUCUCGUUUCGUUUACCCCGCGGAGAAUCGCAAGAGCUAUUAACGCUUGUACUUCCGCUCUUGACCUCAGGCCUUAGGGUCUUCGGGUUCGGUUGUUUAUUUUCCAACCAAAGUUUCCACACGCUUCCGCACAGCUGAAACCGAAACGCUUCCGAGCAGAACGGACAGAACACGUGCGCGCAAACCUUUAAAAGAGCAAAGAAGAGGGGGACAUUAUAAGCUUUUUGGUGUGUUUUUUUUCUUCACGGGAAGGCCUGUUCUACUGAUCGAUGGAAAUCCACUGCAAACACGACCCGUUCGCAGCGAUGCACAGGCAUGGAGGGGUGAAUCAGCUGGGUGGGGUGUUUGUAAACGGGCGGCCCUUGCCUGACGUGGUGAGGCAGAGGAUAGUAGAGUUGGCCCAUCAGGGCGUGCGUCCGUGUGACAUCUCCCGCCAGCUCCGGGUCAGCCACGGCUGUGUCAGCAAGAUACUGGGCAGGUACUACGAGACAGGCAGCAUUAGACCGGGGGUGAUCGGAGGCUCCAAACCAAAGGUUGCUACACCCAAAGUCGUCGACAAAAUCGCUGAUUACAAACGCCAAAACCCCACCAUGUUUGCCUGGGAGAUCCGAGACAGACUGCUGGCAGAGAGAGUGUGUGAUAAUGACAGCGUGCCCAGCGUCAGCUCAAUCAACAGGAUCAUUCGCACUAAAGUCCAGCAACCACCUGGCCAAUCAGGAGCCGUCUCUGCCCACAACUUAGCCUCUACAGUGGCGGUGACCCAGGUAUCUGCAGUAACCAGCGAUGCUGCAGGCUCCUCCUACUCCAUCAGUGGAAUUCUGGGAAUUAGCUCACCUGCCGACGCAAGCAAGCGGAAGAGAGAUGAAACUCUACAGGAUUCUCCUUUGGCGAAUGGCCACGCCCACUCAGGGCGGGACUUCCUGCGGAAGCAAAUGCGAGGAGAGCUCUUUACGCCGCAGCAGCUCGAGGUAUUGGACCAUGUCUUUGAUCGACAGCCAUAUCCCGACAUUUACCCCGUCCCUGACAGCAGCAGCUACAAGCCCGCCCAGACGUCUGAUUACUCGGCUAUGGCGUCCUUGGCUGGCGGACUGGAGGAGAUGAAGAACAGCUUAGCCAAUCAGACGGGAGCGGAACUGGGUUCCACUGUUGCAGGACCUCAAUCAUAUCCACUUGUGUCUGGUCGCGACCUGGCCAGCACCACGCUCCCUGGUUACCCUCCUCACGUUCCUCCAACUGGGCAGGGCAGUUACUCCACUCCCUCCCUCACAGGAAUGGUACCUGGAGGAGAUUUCUCUGGCAGUCCUUAUUCCCAUCCACAGUAUUCAACGUACAACGAGUCUUGGAGAUUUGCAAACCCCAGUCUACUAGUGUUCCAGCAGGAGUACGGUUCCUUACUGGGCUCGGAGAGAGCAGCUUCAUCGGGUCUGUUCCCUGGACAAACCCCACAACCUACAGGAUCUCCAUACUACUAUAGCGCAGCCACACGGGGAGCAGGAGCGGCUGCAACAGCAACUGCCACUGCCUAUGACCGCCACUGACCAGCCGGACAGAGGACAGGAGGAACGGUGGAGGAGCGGGAGAAAGAGAAAGAAAGAGGAGAGAGAACGGAUUGAUAGCAGCCACACAAGACUGUCUACACACGAAAGCAAAGCAAGGAGCAGGAAAGGGAAAGAAGAAAGAAAGAAGAGGUGACAAUGUUUUCCUGCCGAUUACAAUCAAUGGUCCAAUCAGUAGCUUCAGCUGAUGUUUCUAAUUUCUGUCGAUUAGUGGAAAGUAUACACCCAUUCACCUGUAUUCCUGUGGUCUCGGCUCACACUAAAUCUGUUAUUGCUUUGAUUUAUCUUCUGUCAUUAAAGCCUUGCUUAUCCUAUCGUC